AUGAUGAUUUUGGCCAUCAACCACAUCAUCGCCUGCUGUUGGUACGGCAUCGGUUCCCUGUCCUUCGACGGCCGCAGCUGGCUCUUGCGCUCCGAACUGCUCGACGCGGACGGCGCCAGUGGGUCCUUCCCGGAGGCCUAUGCCGCGUCGAUCCACUGGGCGCUUACGCAGUUCACCCCGGCGACCAAUAACAUCGCGCCGGACAACGCGGUGGAGAGGUUCUUCGCGGUGUGGGUCAUUCUGUUGGCCAUGGGUGUCUUCAGUUCCUUCAUCAGUUCCAUCACCAGCACAGUGAGUUCACUGCGAACCUAUCGCCAAGAGCAAGCGAAGAAGCAAGCGCAGCUGCUACGCUUUUUCAAUGAGAGGAAUCUCUCUACGGAUCUCUACGGCCGGGUGCAAGACAUCGUCCGCAAGCAGGGCCUCUUCGACGUGCGGCUGAACGAGAAGGACGUCUCGCUCUUCGGCGGGGUGCCUGAACGGCUGCUGGUGCUGAUGCACGAGGAGAUGUAUCAACCCGCGCUGAACGCCUUGAACUUCUGGCCGAUGUGGAGUCACUUCGAGGAUCAGAGUUUCUUCCGUGACGUCUGUCACACCUGCAUCACCGAGCACGUGGCGACACCGGCGCAGGAUGCCUUUAUGCCGGGCACGGAUUGUCAGCAGGUCUAUGUCAUCCAAUCAGGUGUCAUGCAGUACUCGGCCAAGCCCCGAGCAUCCUCCAAGGUCUACGAGACCGUGCGGGAGAGCGUCAUGGAGAGCUGCGUGCUGUGCCUGCCGUGCUUCUGGGCCGAUUGGCACCACCGGGGACGGCUGGCCUCGGAGGAUGCCACCUGUUACUACGUGGGCAUCCAGGCCGAGCAGUUCUGUGGUGCGGCCACGAAACACGGUGGUCCUCUGUGGCAGUUUCUGCAGAUCUUCGGGAUUCUGCUGGUGGGUCAAAUCGAGAGCUCCGAUGAGGCGGAAAGCUGGGUCACGGAUCUCUGUUUAUCGGAGGAAAGCAUGUCCAACUUGAUCGAGAGAUCGCAGGCCUUUGCUGCCACGGUGCGCAAGAACCUGGACGUCAGCAAGGCCAGUGUGCUGAAUCCGCUGCGGACCAUCACGCGGCCGACGUUCUCGCGGAGCUUUGGAAAGUCGAAUGAAUUACUCGUGGAGUUGGAGGGGGAGAAGGAGGCGGGUGAAGCAUCAGGGCCCGGGCAAGUUCCACUGUCGCGGGCCUGGGCGCCCAGGGUCUGCGACCUGCAACUCAUGCAGAAAGCCUCCGCCUGUGCAGGCUCCAGUUGGGAUCUCUUGCGAGACGUGGGCGAGGGAGGCGACGACCCGGAGGAUAUCCAGGUGGGCCAGCGGCGAGUGCUGCUGGGCGGCGAGUACGGCACGUUGAAGCUGAAGGGCCUGGAGUGCGAGGUCUUGAGCUACGUGGAGUGGAUGGAUCGCUGGACGGUGGAGAUCCCGGUGAAGGAUCAGAAGGGCAAAAACCUGGUGGUGGCGGUGAUCCCGGCCCAACUGCGCACCCCGAAGCUGCCGCGGGAUCCCAAGCGCAACGCCAAGGUGAACCUGGGUCUGGCGCUGCGUUCGCGCGCCCUGGAGCUCUGUUGGCGCCAGGCAGAGAGCGAGGUCCCCAUGGGCAACAGCAGCGCGAGUCGGAGCAAGUUUCGCCUGCAGCUUCGCUAUGUCAGUCGUGUUCGCCCCGGCGGCCGGGUGUGGACAUCUGGACCAGACUCCAUGUACAAGUACGUGGAGGUGCGUUAUGUGGCCUCAGGGGACUAUGGCUUGGUUUAUCGCGUGCUGCGGAUGGUGGACUCCGCCAAGCAGCAGGUGCUGGAGCAAGAUGAGGAAGAUCCACAUCAGGUUUUGGACAUCGCGCGGGGAUCGGAUCGCAGUACCAUCAUCAAGGCAUACCGAAGGCUUGCGAGACGAUGGCACCCGGACAAGGUCAAGGAGGACGAGCACGACCAGGCGGUGCUGGAAUUCCGACGCAUCCACCAAGCCUACGAGAACUUGUUGGCAGAUCCCGAACGGAGUUCCGAUCUCAUGGUGCUGAAGCCCUCCCGACCUGGUUUUGCUGAGCGAAGGGAUGAUGCGAUGCGCAGUAUUUGGGGAAUGCAAUGGAGGUGUUUCAGUAGGUUGGUUCCAAAAUCCAGACCACCAACAUGGUGGCAAGAAGGAUGGGCACGUCAACGUGCUGGCAGCGUGGCUGAAGCGGAGUUGUUGGCGCCUUUAGGGGAGCUGCUGAUGCCUGGCGUGCCGGUGACAGAGAUGUUUCGGAGCUUCAAAUCUCCGGCGGCUUGGCGUGGGCACUACUUGGAGCCGGAUUUGACAGCUUAUGGUGUGCUGAAAGACAAGACUGCAGCGUUGUUUCUAGAGUAUGAUGGCUACUAUCGUCAUGGGAGAAAGGAAGGUCUUGCAAGGGAUCGCAUGAAGAAUGCAGCUCUAUUGGCAUUCGCACCUCCUGGAUCCUAUGUGAUCAGAAUCAACCACUGGAACAAGUGCCAGCUGGAAGAGAAUGUCUUAUGGGUGGCUGUGAAUAUCUGGCGCCAAGGAGAUCACAAGUCGCUUACAGCGGCGUUGAUCGAUGUGAUAGAAAAAGUGGCAUUUGGGCUCGAAGAUGCCUUGGAUCUCAGAACAUCUCAGGAUUUGCGCGGGCAGAUCAAGAGUGAGUCAGUGUCAAUCUCAAGAUCUGCCAAGGAAAUCCGUGAUGCAGCUGUACUCGUCGGUGGGAGCAGCACGGCAGAGGAAGUUCACCAAUUCCUCCGUGCAGAGGGGUUUGCAAGCAAGGACGUCAGCCUGAUCAUACAAGCAACAGCUUUACGUGCUGGGGUAUCUAUUAAUGGAAAUCUGCAGCCCAAGCUGCAAUGGCUGUUGUCCUUGGGGCUGGCAAAAAGUCAAGCUGCAAAGGCAGUAGCUUCACAUCCUAGCAUGCUGGGGUAUAGCUUAGAGCAGAACUUGAAGUGCAAAGUGCAAUGGUUCCUAGACACCUGGCUGACAAAGAGCCAGGCUGCGAAGGCAGUGGCCACUUUUCCUCAAAUUCUCGGCCUUAGCAUCGAGCAGAACUUGAAACCCACAAUGCAAUUGUUGUCGGACUUGGGACUGACAAAGAGCCAAGUUGCGAAGGCAGUGGCCACUCAUCCUCCAAUUCUCGCCCUUAGCAUUGAGCAGAAUUUGAAGCCCACAAUGCAAUGGUUGACGGACUUGGGACUGACAAAGAGCCAAGUUGCGAAGGCAGUGGCCACUCAUCCUCAAAUUUUAGGCUACAGCAUCGAGAAUAACUUGAAAUCCACUGAGCAGUGGUUGUUGGACUUGGGACUGACAAAGAGUCAAGUUGCCAAGGCAGUGGCCACCUCUCCUCAAAUUCUCGGCCUCAGCAUCGAGCAGAACUUGAAACCCACAAUGCAAUGGUUGUCGGACUUGGGACUGACAAAGAGCCAGGCUGUGAAGCCAGUGGCCACUCAUCCUCCAAUUCUCGGCCUUAGCAUCGACCAAAACUUGAAACCCACAGUGCAAUGGUUGUCGGACUUGGGACUGACAAAGAGCCAGGCUGCGAAGGCAGUGGCCACUUAUUCUCCAAUUCUUGGCCUUAGCAUCGAGCAGAACUUGAAACCCACAGUGCAAUGGUUGUCGGACUUGGGACUGACAAAGAGCCAGGCUGCAAAGGCAGUGGCCACUUGUCCUUCAAUUCUCGGCCUCAGCAUCGACCAAAACUUGAAACCCACAGUGCAAUGGUUGUCGGACUUGGGACUGACAAAGAGCCAGGCUGCGAAGGCAGUGGCCACUUAUCCUUCAAUUCUCGGCCUUAGCAUCGAGCAGAACUUGAAACCAACCGUGCAGUGGUUGUCGGACUUAGGGUUGACGAAAGAUCAAGUUGCGAAGGUAGUGGCCACUCAUCCCUCAAUUCUCGGCCUUAGCCUCGAGCAAAACUUGAAGCCUAGUGUGGAGUGGUUCUUGGAUUUGGGGCUGACGGAGAGUCAAGUUGCAAAGGCCGUGGCCAGAUUUCCUCCAAUUCUUUCCUGCAGCGUUGAGCAAAAUUUGAAGCCCACUAUUUGGUGGCUGCUAGACUUGGGAUUGAAGCAGGAUCAAGUCACCAAAGCAUUGUCUUCACAUCCUCAAAUACUUGGCCUUAGCGUUGAGCAGAACUUGGAACCCAAAGUGCAGUGGCUGUUGGACUUGGGACUGAGCAAAAGUGAAGUUACCGAUGCAGUGGUGGAUUUUCCUCAAAUUCUUAGCCUCAGCAUUGAGAAGAACUUUGCCUUGAAUUUUGAUCUUUUACUGUCCUUUUAUGCACCGACAGAUGCUGUAAAGCUGAUCGCCAUGUGGCCGCGUGUCUUUUUCAACAGCCAUGAGCGACUGCAGCGACGUUUGCAUGUUCUGGCAGAGCAGAACAGCCUUAAGAAACUGAGAAGUGCGAUGAGGCUCGACGAAGAAACAUUUCACCGGCGUAAUUCAUCCAGCCGAGUGUCGCCAUGCCGUGAGAAGGGCUUCAAUCAGCACCCCACCGGCCCCCAAGAUGUCUCGGUCUCACAGCUCUGCGCCAGGGUGCAACAUCCCGUGCCGCCCCGGAAGCCGAAGCGCAUCACCAUUCCCAUGGCCUUCCAGACGGAGGCCAGAUGUUUGAGCUUGGUGUCUCAACUGCGUUUGCCGAACGUGCAGAAGCUGGUGGAAGUGGGGCCCAACAACGAGUUCAUCGUCAGCUGGCCAUACCUGCCUGAAGCAUUGAUCCCUUACAACCAAUGCGACGGUGUCAGUCAGGUGGAUCGAGUCGACCUGGUUCGGAAGGGUUGGUCGGACUACUCCAGAUCGCGGCAUUCAGCCAAACAGGUCAUUCGGAUGAUGAUGUCGAUGAUCAGGCACGACGUGAUGAUCGUCGACCCCAUUCAGAACAUCCUGGUGGACCGCGAGAGCGGCGAGCCGUUGAUGAUCGACUUCGGACGAGGUGAGACCGCGGGCUCCAUCUACACCACCAGGAUCAAGACCUUCAUGAAGAAAGUCUUGCAGUUGUUGGCCCGAAGCAUCUCCAAGUCCAGCUACGACGUGGCGGGGAGAUACAUUCGGUGCUUGGAAGAUACUCUCUUUGAAUGUCUUGAGCGGUGGCAGGAUGAAAAGACCCGUGAUCAGAAGAAGGCGGUGGCCUUGGCGGCCUCGUCCACGAAAUGGCAGGAGGGUAUCGAGUGCUGUCGCGAGAUCUGGCACAGCGAAGACGAGAACCCCUUCCGCAAGAUGUUCAAGGAUCAGAAGGACGUGCUGCCGGAGGAUCGGGUCUUGCGGGAAGCGCAGCCGAUUGAGGAAGAUCCUGACAGCGAGGAUGAGCAGGCGGCUCAAGAGGAUGAUGACGACCCGGAAGGCCUCUGCGACGCUGACAUCAACACCUUGACUCCAGUGCAGCGGCUGCUGCGCGCCAAGCGCAAGAAGAGCCGCCGGGCUCGGCUACCGAAGGAGAAACCCAACGUGCACAUCCACGUGCCCGAGACGCUGCCGGACGGAACGCUGGGUUUAGGGCUGGAUGAUGCCGAUGAAGAUCAGCGUGGCCUCAUGGUGGUGUCCAUUCAUCGCAAGAGCGAACACUUCGGCUGGCAGUUAGGAGAUCGCAUCAUCGAACUGAAUGGACACCUCAUUGAUGAAUGGGACGACUUCAAGGCGACCUGGGAUGCCGUGAAGCAGUUCAGCACCACGGGCGCCGUCUUCGGCGUGCGGCGCGAUGGGGUGGAACGAACGGAACCCGAAGCGCAGGAGCCGAGGUGCCUGCACUGCAGCGUGAAGGGUAAGCACCUGCAGCGUUGCAGCAACUGGGCCUGGGCCAAGGAGGGCCAGGAGGAGCCUUUUGCAGCAUCGGUGGCUUUCGUGGUGCCAGGUCUUCUUCUGCGGUCGCGACUGUCAGAAGGAAGCCUGGGCGGCGGCCAAGCGGAAGAGCUGAAGGGCCGGGAGGUCGCAGAUGCUGGUGCGGCAAAAAGCACCCAUGUCUUCUCCUCCCCUCGCAAUCAGACGCCCCGCAUCAGAAGGAUGUUUUCUGCCUUGCUUCUCUGUUGGUUCCAGUUACUGGUAGUGUCCAACCAGUCCUCCGCAAUGGCCUCCUCUGCGGCUCCCGUCGAUUUUGCCUCCGGGAACCACUACACCGUGCUGGGCGUCGCGCACAAUGCCUCGGAGGCCGAGCUGGCGAAAGCCUAUCGCACGCUGGCCUUGAAGUACCAUCCCGACAAGAAUCAGGGAAACACAAAGGAUGCUGAGAUCGGCUUCAAACGCAUCUCCGAAGCGUAUUCCGUGCUGCGGGAUCCGGAGAAGCGUGCGGAGUACGACCGAACGGGUGGCACAAGAUCCUAUGUGAGCUACGACGAGGCGGAACAGAUGUGGCGCCAAUUCGCCUCACAGAACGGCGCCGAGGCGCAGGGCGCAGAGGAUGGCACUCGAAGGAAGACCACAGCGCUGGUCGUGGUAGUGGCGCUGCUGCUGCUGGCGCCGAAUCUGCUGAUGCAGAUCCUGCCGGGGCUGUUGGUCGCGCUGGCAGCUCUGGCGCUGAUGUCGCGCAGAGAAAACGCCUCGAAAUGGGCCUGGAUCGGCCUCGGUCUCCUGCUGGUGGGCUACGUCAUUCCCUGGGUUCUGCGAGUGCGCUCGGGCUUUGAGACGAUGGACGGCGCCAACCUCCAGGGCUUGGGCGAAGAGGGUGGUGCCGUUGUGGGAAUUCCUCAGAGUGGCGAAGAGAUCCUGCUGAAUGACGGGCGCUUCUUGCGCUUGCCGGACCCGGUGAACCGCCGCUCAGGCGAAAGAAGUGCCCGCGAAGGUUGGCAGCAACGGCUGUUGAGUGAGAUGACCACCGCCAUCAAGACAGGGCAAGAACAGGUGCUCACAGUGUUCUCCCGGCAGGGCUGUCCUUGGUGCCAGAGGCAGUUGCCAGUGCUGCAGCGGGCUAUCGCCAAACGCAUGGGGCAACUGGAGGCCAAGGCAGCCGCCCCAGCACCGCCCGUAGCGCCUUGGGAGUGCUGA